UCUGUCCCUCUGUCCCCCUGUCCCUCUGUCCCUCUGUCCCCCCAGGCGUACGUGGUGCUGGGGCAGUUCCUGGUGCUGCGCAAGGACGAGGAGCUGUUCCGGGAGUGGCUCAAGGAGACGUGCGGGGCCAACGCCAAACAGAGCCGGGACUGCUCGGGCUGCCUGCGCGAGUGGUGCGACGCCUUCCUCUGAGCCCCGGCCCCGCCCUGCGCCCCAAACACAGCCCUGCGCCCCAAAAUCUCGCCC